AUGACGGAACCCUCUCGUGCCCAGCUGGCGACAAUCGAUCUGUCCGGCUACGAUGCAGAGCAGUCGCGUUUGAUGGACGAGCGAUGCAUCCUCGUAGAUGAACAGGAUCGGCCCAUAGGAGCGGCGGACAAGAAGACCUGUCAUCUCAUGGAGAAUAUCAAUAAGGGACUCCUCCACCGCGCCUUUUCUGCGUUCAUCUUCCGACCUAGCGAUGGCAAGCUUCUCUUACAGCAACGUGCCUCGGAGAAGAUCACAUUCCCGGACAUGUGGACCAACACCUGCUGCUCUCAUCCUCUCGACGACUUCACCGAAGAGAAGAUCGAGGCCGAGCAAUUGGGUGUGAAGAUUGCUGCGUCUCGAAAGCUGGAACAUGAGCUUGGCAUUCCCCGCGAGCAAACCCCAGUUGGUAACUUCCAAUACCUGACUCGGAUACAUUACUUGGCCCCUUCAGAUGGCAUGUGGGGAGAGCACGAGGUCGACUACAUCCUCUUCCUAACUGCCGAUGUUAAUGUGACGCCGAACUUGAACGAGAUUCGUGACUUCAAGUACGUCGACAAAGAUGAACUGAAAGCGAUGUUCGAUGCUCCAGGCAAUCUCUUCACUCCCUGGUUCAAGCUGAUUGCACGCGAUUUCCUGUUCGGAUGGUGGGACGAGUUAUUGAAACGGAAGGGCGGAGAUGGUCUCGUUGAUGCUAAAUCUCUCGCUGGCCUGGUAGACGGAACAAAGGUGGUGAAGAUGGUCUGA